AUGCGUGGCGCAUCCAAUCUUUUUAGGCUUUCGCUGGCAUGCCUCGUCCUGCUGAGCAGCGCCGUCGGCGCGCAGGGCCCCCACUACAAGAUCGCCGAGGUGCAGGACAUGGUCGAUGGCAUGCUUGACCAGUUCAAGCAGUAUGCGACCUUCCAAGGAGCCAACAAGGCCCCGCUGGCCAUGGAUCCGCACGCCGACACCCCAACGAGUCCGAACGCCUCCACCCUUGUCCACAAGCGGGCGACGACGCCCUACUGUGCGCCCUACUGGCUGGAGGGCAUCACCCACCGAGGCAAGGCCGCCUUCAACACCAACUCGACGUAUGCCGUGUUCCGAAACGUCAAGAGCUACGGGGCCAAAGGCGACGGCGUCACCGACGACACUGCUGCCAUCAACCGCGCCAUGAAAGAUGGCGGCCGCUGCGCUCCCGGCGUCUGCUCAUCGAGCACCACGACGCCUGCUGUCGUCUACUUCCCCCAGGGCACCUACCUUGUCUCCUCGUCCAUCGUGGACUACUACAACACCAUGAUCAUCGGCAACCCCAACUGCCUUCCCACGCUCAAGGCCACCCCCAACUUCUCGGGCUUCGGCGUCAUCGACGGCAACCAGUACCAGUCGGGCGGCGCGCUCGGCUGGGGCGCCACCAAUGUGUUCUUCGCCCAGGUCCGCAACCUGAUCAUCGACCUGACGGCCAUCCCCGCCUCGUCGAGCGCAACCGGCAUCCACUGGCCCGUUUCCCAAGCCACCAGUCUGCAGAACAUCGUCUUCAAGAUGUCCGAUGCCGCUGGCACCCAGCACCAGGGCAUCUUCAUCGAAUCAGGCUCCGGCGGCUUUGCCAACGACCUGGUCUUCUACGGCGGCCUCAACGGCGCCGUCUUCGGCAACCAGCAGUUCACCAUGCGCAACCUGACCUUCUACAACGCCGUGACGGCCAUCAACCAGAUCUGGUCGUGGGGCUGGACCUACAAGAGCCUGUCCAUCUCCAACUGCACCACCGGCAUUGCCAUGAACGGCGGCGGCCGCACUGCCCAGACCGUCGGCUCCGUCACCAUCCUCGACAGCUCCAUCACCAACACCCCCGUCGGCAUCCUCACCGCCCACGACUCCUCGUCGUCGCCCGCCACCGCCGGCAGCCUGGUCCUGGAAAACAUCGCCAUCAACAACGUCCGCACCAUCGUCCAGGGCCCCAGCACCGCCUCCCCCGUCGUGCUCGCCGGCACCACCGGCCGCACCACCGUCGCCACCUGGGCCCAGGGCCACAGCUACACGCCCAGCGGGCCCACCAACAGCAUCGCCGCCUUCGCCGGCACAGCCCGGCCCUCGACCCUCGUCGCCUCCUCGGGCACGGCGUACUACGAGCGCUCCAAGCCCACAUACGGCAGCGUGACGCUCUCCAAGACGCUCUCUGCGCGCAUCAUGGGCGCCGCGGGCGACGGCCGCACCGACGACACGGCCGCGCUGCAGUCGGCCAUCAACUACGCCGUCAAGUACGACGCGCUGCUCGUCGUCGACGCCGGCACCUACAAGAUCAGCCGCACGCUCUACUUCCCGCCCGGCCUGCGCCUCGUCGGCGAGGCCUUCCCCGUGCUCAUGGCCGCGGGCAGCUUCUGGGGCGACGUCGCCAAACCCCAGCCCGUGGUGCAGGUCGGCAACGUCAGCGGCCAAAAGGGCGCCGUCGAGUGGAGCGACAUGAUCGUGUCGACGCAGGGCGCGGCGCCCGGCGCGCUGCUGAUCCAAUGGAACCUCGCCGCGCCGGCAGGCACGCCCAGCGGCAUGUGGGACGUGCACACGCGGGUGGGCGGCUUCGCGGGCAGCAACCUGUCGUACGCCGACUGCGCGGCGACGCCGGGCGUGGCGACGGUCAAGGCGGCGUGCGUCGCGGCGUACGCGAGCAUGCACGUCACCAAGGCGGCCGCCGGGCUGUACGCCGAGAACGUGUGGCUGUGGGUCGCCGACCACGACGCCGACGACGCCGCGCUGCGGCAGAUCACGGUGCACGCGGGCAGGGGGUUGCUGGUCGAGAGUACGGCUGGCCCCGUGUGGCUGGUCGGCACCGCCGUCGAGCACCACGCCAAGUACCAGUACCAGUUCCGCGGCGCCGCCAACGUCUUCGCCGGCCAGAUCCAGACCGAGACGGCCUACUACCAGCCGACCCCCGACGCCGGCAAUGCCGUGUUCCCCGUCAAUACGACCAUGGGGGACCCCGUCUUCACGACGGCGACGACGUAUAACGGGGAUAACAAGAGCGGGUGGGGGCUGAGGAUCGUGGACAGCAGCGUGUUGGUGUAUGGGGCGGGGUUGUAUAGUUUCUUCAACGAUUACAGCACUUCUUGCUCCAAUGCACCCGGCGGCCAGUGUCAGACGCGCAUCAUGAGCGUCGAGGGCAACAGUUACGUCUCGCUCUUCAACCUCAACACCGUCGGCGCCAAGAACAUGAUUUCCCGCGACGGUGUCCAGGUCGCUAACUAUGCCGACAACCUCAACGUCUAUCCCGACACUGUUGCUGUGUACCGGAGCCGUUGA